AUGACUUGGGCGAAAUUGAAGCUGCUUGGACUGUACAUACAGGGUGUAGUUUUAUGCCAAACUGGUGGUCUCUCUGACGUUGCCGCCGAUACGCCUGGGCUAGAAAGUGACAUGCGUGAUGCUCUUACUCAAACUGUGGACUUCGAUGCAUCCGGUAUAUUUGACAACGGACAAUGUGAAUUUGUCGUUGUGUUAGACCGCUUUCCUAAUCCUACCUACAGGCCUAAGUUUGAAGAUGUUUUCCAGUGGUCCAGUGGUGACCACGAACUAGUUACGCAAAAUGAACGGUUCUUCGACGUUACCCAUGACAACAGUAAUCGUCAUUUCUAUCCAAAUAUGCAAGGGGCAACUAAUCAUGAAAAUGUUUUGGAAUACAUCUCCAAAAACUGUGACUACACUAAAUGGGGUGAAUUCCGUGAACGGGGUCCCUGCGCUAACCAACAGAACAAAGAAAAUAUAUACCGUGAGGCGCUUGCAGCAGACAAUAAGGAGCAAGCGUUGGAAAUGGAUUUCAUUUAUUCCACCAUUGUCGUACGUUCAUCAAUUUGCAGAAAUGAACGGUUCUUCGACGUUACCCAUGACAACAGUAAUCGUCAUUUCUAUCCAAAUAUGCAAGGGGCAACUAAUCAUGAAAAUGUUUUGGAAUACAUCUCCAAAAACUGUGACUACACUAAAUGGGGUGAAUUCCGUGAACGGGGUCGCUGCACACAAGAUGAACGGUUCUUCAACGUUACCCAUGACAACAGUAAUCGGCAUUUCUAUCCAAAUAUGCAAGGGACAACAAAUCAUGAAAAUGUUUUGGAAUACAUCUCUAAACACGGUGACUACACUGAAUGGGGUGAAUUCCGUGAACGGGGCCGCUACGCUAACCAACAUAACAAAGAAAAUAUAUACCGUGAGGCGCUUGCAGGAGACAACAAGGAGCAAGCGCUAGCAAUGGCACAUUACUCUGCUAACUUACAGAGUUUGAUAUAUGACCUUGCCAAAGAACAUUUGGUUAAUGAGCUUAGGUAUCCUGAUAGUUGCUUGGAAUUCAAAUAUGAUCCCACCUUUCCCAUUAGAGGCUUGUACUAUGACAAGCUAAAAGGGUGCCUUUUGAAGUUGGAUUUCUUUGGGUCAAUUGAGCCUGAUGGAUGCUACUUUGGUCAGCGCAAGUUUACCAAGAAUGAAAUAGAACAAAUCUAUGGCACAAGACAUAUUGGCCGUGAUCAAGCACAUGGACUCGUCAGUUUGAUGGAUUUCUUUUGCUUUAGUGAGGCCUGCCUUAUUGCUGAUAUUGUGCAACAUUUUGUUGACGCAAAGCUCGAGUUUGAUGCACCCUAUGUCUAUCAAGAUGUAAAUCGUGCAAUUCAGCAUGUUCACGGAAGUGGCUUGGCUCAUAGAGGAAUUCUAUCUGAUCCGCAAAGAUACCAAGUUAAAGAUAGUCAGUUGCAACGCUUUCUCAGGAUGCUAAAGGAAAAUGGGAAGAAACUUUUCUUGUUGACCAACUCUCCGUAUUAUUUUGUGGAUGGAGGGAUGCGCUUUAUGUUAGAGGAUUCUUUGGGUGAAAGAGACUCCUGGAGGGAGCUUUUUGAUGUUGUGAUUGCUAAAGCGAAUAAACCAGAAUUUUACACAUCCGAGAAUCUGUUCCGCUGUUAUGAUGAAGAGAAGGAUACCUUAGCUUUCUCAAAGGUGGAUUCAUUUCUUCCAGAUCGAGUAUACUACCACGGAUGCCUUAAGUUCUUCCUCCAAAUUACAAAGCGGAAUGGUCCAGAGCUAAUAUACUUUGGGGAUCAUCUAUUUAGUGACUUGCGAGGGCCUUCAAAAGCUGGGUGGCGUACUGCUGCCAUCAUCCAUGAGUUAGAAGUAUGUCUUCAAUUCCAUUAAUUACAAGUGGUUUUUUCAUUUCUUGCCAGUACUUUCCAAAAAAACCAAUUAAUCACUUUUGUUCGUGUACUUGGAAACUUUUGACGGUUUGUAAUGUUGAAUAUUGAUUUUGAGAAGAGGUGAUCUCGAAACUUGAUUCUUUGAUUAUGUCUUCUUCUAGUAAACAAGAUAUCCCUAUUUAUCUAAUUACUGAAUCUAAUCUUGAACAUCUUUUCUUUUCAUCUUUUUAAAAUUAUUUAUUAUUA